CAUUGCCAAUGAAUGCGUAGACAACGCAGCAGACAGCUUGUUAUCUGGUUGCUUGUGCCGCGAUUCAGCGCAGCGGUUGUUUGAUCAACAUCGUUCAGCAAAAAGCCCCGAGAGAAGACCCCGGAUAACAGCACGAUAUUUCCCAGGGCAGCACCAUGUCACUGAACACCGCUCAUGCACCGGGCGGCGUUCUCAUCUUCAAAGGCGAGUUCAUUCUGCUGUACUGCGAUGGAGUGGAGCUGACGUUCGAGGGUCCGGAUGCCCACCAGUUCCAUGGCACCAAGAAGGGGCGCAUCUACCUCACCACGCACCGGAUGGUGUUCACCAACGGCAACAGCAAGGACUUCCUGCAGUCAUUCAGCUUCCCCUUCUUCACUGUGAGCAACCUCGGACUAGAGCAGCCCAUCUUUGGCGCAAACUACAUCAAGGGCACCGUCAAGGCCGAGCAGAAUGGGAACUGGACGGGUAAAUGCGCCUUCAAGCUGAAGUUCAUGAAGGGCGGCGCCAUCGAGUUUGGCCAGGCCAUGAUGGAGGCCGGCAAGAUCGCGUCGCAGCAUGCGGCUGGAAUGGCUCCUCCCCAUACUUCCCGCCUCGGGUCCGUACUACUGCCCCCCUCCGCCUGCAGACACGCCAGGACAGGGUGUCGACUACGGCUUCAACGUACCCUACAACGUGUUCCCGAUGCACCUCCAGGACCCAACAUCCUUGCCCUGCAGGAGCCCUCCAACCCACUCACCCUCCCGGCUAUACUCCUAUUCUACCCACAUCCCCCCGCCCACUCGGGUAGCGUUUCUAGUUAG